AUGACUGUUGUGACCCUCGAGGGGAGGGCAUCUAUUUUCUCUCCGAAAGGUGCUACCCACUGGGAAGAGAUCGUGGAUCUCACUAAUGCUUGGCAAGGAUUUUAUCUCACCCAUGGAAGAGCAAUUGAGGCACUUGACAAGAACUCAGACGAACAGCUCGUUUUCGAUUUUGGAAAUCUGACAGAUAUUCAGGAAAAGAGUUAUGUUUUUGAGAAUAUCCUGGAUUACAUUGAUGCGCUCGAGGACAUCAAUAUCGCAAUGGCUACAUGGGGCCAGAUGGUCCGUAAACCGCAGGUGGAAACUCCGAAAAGUGACAUGGGCCCGAAACCGACGAUCCAGAGCAACGUGGUGAACGAAUUCGGAUCGAAAGUUAAAAAGCCGGUGGGACUGCUCGUGUUGCUUUCUAAGUCUGGUGCGAUCACAUUUUGGGGUGUGAGCACCCCACUUCUUGGGCUGUGA